AUGAGCUGUCCGGACGCCGAGUCGUGCAAUGACACCGCAUGCCGACAGGGUACAACGCUUAGGCCAAACUCUCAUGCUGGUCUGCCGUCGCACCAGACUCUGCUUCCCGAACCAUUAAUUCUCGCCUUCGCAUCUGCUUCUAAUACUGCUACUAAUACUACUGCAAACACUGUCUCUUCUCAAUCCCCUCAGUCACUCAUUCAAUCGCACACUCGGCCUGCUCUCUCGAUCCGAUCGACCACGAAAUCCCUUCGUUUCAUUCCCUUCGUUCUUCUUGUUCUCCUGUCCAUCUUGGCCGACAGUACCACCGCCGCAUUGUCCAGGGUACACGCUGAUCGACAUUCGCGUGCCAUCUCCGCUCAAUUUGGCCAUCUGUUGGUUGAUCGCUCCACCGGAUCUGCUCCCCAAGCCUUCCAUCUUGCCCUCCGGAAAGAAACAGACGAAGACGCGGAGGAUAAACCGUCCGAGCCUUCCGCUACACCAACACCUACCGAGAACUCGACGCCGUCUGCGACCAGCAACGCUCCCGACUCGAGUCUCACAGCGAUCCCCAUGCCCUUCGAUACCAGUCUGGGAAACAACUUCACAGCGCAGAGCUGUCCCGACUUCUUUGUUGCAUUCCUAAACAAUGCGACCUUCCAAUCAUGCACACCAUUGUCGCUGCUCCUAUAUAACUCCGUCUCCUUCUUCGAUGCCACCAAGACCAACCUACGCGUCACACAAACACUCGAUGCGACAUGCAACGUAGACUAUGAACAAUGCUCGUCGCUCAUGGACCAUCUGGCGCAGGAAAUACCGAAAGACACAGCCUGCGGAGCUGACCUCGAGUUGGGUAACCCCUCAGUCACACAAGCGCUGAGCGGUCUCAUCGCAUACCAGCCACUGUAUGCAGCUGGCUGUAUGAAGGACAAGGAAGGAAACUACUGUUUCGCAAACGCCAUAACGAACGACUCGGCAGACGCUGCCGACGACUCGUACAUAUACUACCUCCCGCUCGGCACAAACAUGCCUGGUGGCUCAAGACCGACAUGUAAUUCCUGUCUGACGGACACAAUGGCUGUGUUUGAUGUUGCAGCCGCGAACGAAACACAGCCGUUGAGUAAGACAUAUGUUGCCGCUGCUGGCCAGAUCAACCUGGGCUGCGGCCCCAGCUUUGUAAACGCGACCAUUGCACAACUUUCUGGAGCACAGCCUAUCGUGGGAGGCAGCGCACCGUUACUAGCCCUUGCAGUCACCCUGCUGGCACUAUUCAUAUAA